AUGGAGCGACCAGUACAUACAGCUAUUCGUUGUUUCUUGAUGCUUAGCACAUACAUCAUCAUCUUCACCUGGUGCCGGAACGAGAUACACGGUAUCUUGCUAGCCAUGAUGGAAGCUUCUCAUCGAACGCACUGGAAGCAUUACGUUGAUAUGAUCCCCCAUAUUGGUGAUGAGUUGGCUACAUCAUUCUCUACCUGGACCAAUGGGCUUAUCGGCCAACUUCGAUCAAUCACCAGCGCACUGUCAUUCAUUUAUCAUCACACGGAUAUCUUGUUGGAUAUAGCAGAGAACUACGCCAUCGCAAUGUCAUCGGAAUACUUCGACGAGAGUACUAGUAGUCUGGUCAAGGCUCUUGUCUCUGCAGCAAACUCAAUCCUAUGUAACAGCCUCGAGGCUGUGGCGAGUUCCUACCGUACAUUCCUCGCGCUUACCGCUCUUUUCCUUCAUGGAUUAUCAUCGAUGCCAACUGCGAAAACCGAACACAUCCACAUAGUCAAAGUUUUCACUGUCGCAUUCACGGCACUUCUUGCUAUAUCUAGGUUGUUCCGCAUGAUCUAUCAUACGCUUGGGUUUCAUCGCCUAAAUCUACGUCGAUAA